AUGUUCGCAAUGAAGCAAUCGGCGUGGCUUCUACUUCCCUCUGCCGUGAUUUGGGGGCUUUCAAACCCAGUGACGGCGGUGAAGUUCACGCAGGACUCCACCGCCGGCGGCGGGCUCCAGUUGGAGCAGAGCGCCAACGAGUCACUCUCGGCCGGCACGGGCGCAGUCGGCAAUCUCCAGUCCAAGCACAGCGUCAACGAGUCACUCUCCGCCGCUUUGAUCCUUCGUUCCUCGCGCGUCGCCGAGGAUUCCAAUUUUUCGGAUCAGGACCUGGAUGCUGUGGUGUCCGCCAAGAUCUUCCACGACAUUGGCGACAGCUUCACCAAAAUCGCAAACUCACUCAAAGCCGCAGGCUUGCAAGUGGGGAAAGCAGCCGGCAAUGCAGCCAUGGUGGUAGGGGACCAUGUCAUCGAAGGUGCGAAGACCAAGUUUGAUGCCUUACACGGGCCAAUCCUGCAGGCGGCCAACAAUAUUGGCCAGCACGCCAUCGCGAUGGGUAAGGAGCUCGAGGACUUCGGGGAAACGGUUGGCGAGGGCGUCGUCGAUCUGGCCGGGGAUGCUUUGACUCAUGCGCAGAGGUUCGCCGAAGAAGGAGCCAAACUGGCCAACAAAGUUGGAGAUGAAAUCGAAAGAGCGGCCGGAAAUUUGGCAAGCAAGAUGGAGAAGCUGGGCCCGCUUGUCGCCGGAUUGGCUGCGGACGCCUGGGAGGUGAUCUCGAAAUGGUGGAAUUGCAUGGACGCCACCGAACUGCUGUGUACCAUCUUGAUCGGCAACCACUGUGAUUGCACUGCCGGGCGGAGCAGGGUCAGCAUCUCGAGCAGUGGAUUGUCCUUGAAGUGCGUCAUGAGCCAAACCGCCGAUUUGUCCGGGGGCAUGGGUUUCUCGGCCAAGCCCGGGGAGCCGUUUGGUGGGAAGUCGCCGAAUGGCAAGCUGCGGCUUCCAACAGGAAAAGAGAUCAAGCAGCAGUUCAGGGCUAUGACGAAGAAGCUGAAGAAGGAUGCACGUCAGGCCUUGAAGCCCCGGACAUCGCAGGCCCCCACCGGAACUUGCGAGACGAGCAUGGACUUAGCCUUCGAUGGCAUUGUGCAGUCAGCUUUGACCAUUGAAAUGAGCACCAAAGGCAAAACGACCACCAUCGGAAUCUCGGGAACGGUCCGGGUCUCCCUGGAAGGACUCGUGAAAGCUGAAGGUAGCUGCUCACUCAAUGCAGAGAAGUGGUUUCCGAAGAAGCCCAAGAAGAAGGUGAUCUGCUACAAAGGCUUUUGCAUCGUCUUGCUGCUCCAGGGUGUCGCCGAACUCGAGGUAAAUGGAGUCCUUACGGGUAGCCUUGAUUUGGGUGCCGAUGUCGACUUCGACAUUGAGGGCUCGAUCACCGUCGACAAGAGCACCGGCCAUGCCGAAGCGGACUUCAAGACUCCGAAAAUUCGCCGGCAGGUGUCCUUUGGCCUUGGGGCGAGUGCCUUCGCCUCUGUGCGAGCGGCUGCGGGACCCUUCCUCACAGUCUUUCCGGUCCCGGGCGUUCCCGUGAACUUCAAUCCCAUGCUGAACCUGGAAGCCAGGGCUCAGGGCGACAUCAAGUUCGAACCGCCUCCGCCUGGUGUCUUCAUGAUUCAGGAGAGUGAGUUGUCCACGGCCUCCACCUCUAUCUCGCCUUCGAACGUCAGCAUGCUGGAGGACACGGUUUCGUCAAAUGUGAGCUCCGGCCGUUCGAACAAGCUGAAGAUGUGCGCCGCAGCAGCGCUGAAUGUCUACCUCGACACCGGCAUCACUGCCUUUGCUAUUCCACUUCACUUCCAAGCAAGUUUCGAUGCGAGCGCGAUUAUGGAAGGCAUCACGGAGGCUUUCAUGGCUGGCGCGAAGGCAGCAACCGCGGUUCUGAGAAGAAUCGGCCAAUGCUCGGGCAUCAGCUUCAUGACAGCACCGGUUGCAAGCACGCUCGACAACGUGGCCGAAAAAGCUGCGGAGGUUGUGAACAAGAUCAUACCAAGCCUGAAGCUGGACUUUGGCGGCAAGCCCGUCGUGCUGGCUGUCCCGAAGGUCUUCUGCGUGGAAGCAUACAAGACGCCUGGAUUUGAUACUGCCCCGUGCGCAGCACAGCUUGGAUGCAAGCACGUGGGACGGCUGCCUUCAUCUGACGCUGAAGUUGAGCGAGUUAUGCCGGAAGUGCAAACAUCCGUGGCGACCCCGACCUCGAAAGCCCCAACGUGCCAUCCGCUGCGAAUGGGAGAUCGCUUCAUCGAGUUGGGCAACUUCCGUUUGGGGGAAUUCAACGAUUUCCACUUCUCCAUCGCGUACUGCGCGCCACUCGAGGGCUGCAACACGCAGAGACACUACUACACCCCGGCUAUUCCGGGCCAAGGUACCAAGGAGCUGGACUGGCGGGACUGUCAGGUCAGAGCCGCGGCUGUAUCAAGUAUAGAAGCACUCAUCCACUCAUCCUUGGAGCUCUCAUGCGAUUGGCCUUGGUUUUCCAAGAAGCUGAAGCAGACGUAG